CGGUCGCACCAGGCAAAUAUAUGAAUUUAUUUACGCUCCUUAUACGCGUGGGAAUAAGGAGUUAACAACUGUCAAAGUAGAAGAAGCAGCAAGUGUUGGUAAAGAGCUUUGAAUUCUAAAGAACAUUGGAGCAGACGUUGCCACCGUUUAAGCCAUCAGUUUUUAGACUCUACUUAUUAUGAGGACUCCAUUCAACAGUCUUGGAAGAUAAAGACCCAGGGGCCGAAGAUGAUAAUAGGAAGAGCAGUUAGAAAGAGAUCAUUGCUAUCAUCAUCAUCAUUACGGUGGAUUUCAGUUUGCAGCAGCGAAGCAGAAGUGAAUGGGAAGCAGAGAGUGGCAGCCCUUUGGGGGAACGGUGAUCAUGGGAGGCUAGGACAUGGGAGUCUUGAGUCGCGGUGGACCCCGUGUCCUCUUCCUUCUUCUGCUUUCCAUAAUCAAAGCCUCCGUCAGAUUGCCUGUGGCGGUGCUCAUACUCUCUUUCUUACAGAAAAUGGCCGUGUUUAUGCCAGUGGACUCAAUGAUUAUGGACAGCUAGGGGUGUCAGAUGAUAGAGCUUAUAUAACUGAACCACGUGGAGUUGCUGGACUACCCAAAGAAAUUGUAAAAGUUUCAGCUGGUUAUCAUCAUUCUUCCGCUAUUACAGUGGAUGGAGAACUUUAUAUGUGGGGGAAGAACACAAAUGGUCAGCUUGGCCUUGGAAAGAUGGUAUCAGAGCAAGUUCUUGGCUCUGUGGAAUCGAUGGCGACUGAAAUGCAGGAGAUGCUUUCUCUCCUCCAACGAAUGUCUAUGGAGAUGGCAAAUUUUACCAUACGACAGGAUCAAUUGGAGGCAUCCCAUGAACAAGCUUUUAAGAACCAAGAGCAAGCUUUGCAGGUACUACAAGAAGCUGUUAUCGAUGGAAAAAGGCAGGAAAGAGAUGAAGAAACACCAAUUGUUACAGAAGCUGCUAUGGUACUGUCUAUACCCAAUAAAGUCGAAUGUUUGAACGGAGUCACAAUCAAAAUCAUUUCCUUAGGCUUCGAACACUCAAUUGCUGUAACAGACAAAGGUGAGACUUUGAGUUGGGGUGGGGGACGAUCAGGAAGACUUGGUCAUGGACAUCAAUCAAGCAUUUUUGGACUCUUAAAAAGUGACAGUGAAUACACACCUCGACUUAUUAAGGAACUUGAGGGGCUGAAGGUUAAGAAUGCGGCUGCUGGAAUGUUGCAUUCUCUCUGCAUCAGCGAGAAUGGAUCAGUACAUUUUUUUGGUGAAAGAGCAAAUAAGAAAUUGGGCUAUAGUGAAGCAUCGAAUAAUUCGGUACCAUCUAUGGUAGAUGAACUUCCAUAUUCUGAAAAGGCUGCAUGUGGAGGCUAUCAUACCUGCGUUAUUACAGGUGGCCGAGAACUGUACGUGUGGGGCACCAAUGAAAAUGGGUGUCUUGGUAUUGGUUCUACAGAUGUCGCUCAUACACCUGAAAGAGUUGAAGGACCAUUUUUGAGGCAUUCAGUAUCUGAGGUAUCCUGUGGUUGGAAGCAUACAGCUGCAAUUUCUGGAGGAAACGUUUACACUUGGGGAUGGGGAGGCUCCCAUGGAACAUUUUCGGUAGACGGACAAUCUUCUGGCGGACAAUUGGGUCAAGGAAAUGAUGUUGAUUACAUUAAGCCUACAAAAGUCAACUUUCACAGACAUGUAAAAGCUUUGGAAGUAUCAUGUGGGUUUAAUCAUACGGCUGCUAUACUUGAAUACAGCUAAAUCAGUAUCGUUAUUUCUCUGCAUUCUCUCUCUCUCUCUCUCUCUAUAUAUAUAUAUAUAUAUACACGCGCACACACAAAAAAACUUCUAGGAGGGGAGAGCUCCUUACAGAAGGUUCAGCAAUAUCAGAAUGUGAUUGCCUGUCGUAAGUUCAACUUCACGUUCACAUAAAUAAGCAGUCUGUUAUGCCAGCUAUAUACUCCGCCGACGCAUGAUUAUAGGAUCCUCUUCUUUUCUUGAAGUUUUUCUCGUCUUACUGACUUACUUGUAACCUUUAUGCUGAACCUGUUUAUACCCAGUUUGUGCCUUAUAAAUCGUACUACCUUGUAUCAAAUAAAAUAUCCAUUGUACUUCUUACUUCU